AGGUGAAUGAACAGAGGCAAUGAACAGCAGCAGCCCUUAUGAAAGGCACAUUUAUUCUAUGCUCAAAAUUCUGUGCUCAAAAUUAUAUUUUUUUUUAUUGUUUUCAGACUCCAAUGGGUAGCAGCUGAGAUUAUGCAUUCUACCACUAACAGAAUACUUACCUUUCUUGUUAGUACUGAACUGAAUUGUUAUCCACAGUGGUGGCCAAACCGGAAAAUGGAAGAUCUGCUUUCUCAGGAGCAAGGCUGUUCUUCCGCUUGCUCAGACACUGGAGCUGAAAGUAAGAAUGGUGGUAGCACCAGCCUUAAUGCAGAGUGCCCAGACGAGAGCCAGAGCAACCUGGUCAUCCUCCACUUCAACAAUGUCUAUGAGGUGGAGUCCAGGAGGGAAGAACCGGUAGGAGGUGCUGCCAGAUUUGCUACAGCUAUCCAAAAAUUCAGUUUAUUGAAUCCACUUAUAAUCUUUAGUGGAGACUGUUUAAAUCCAUCAGCGUUAAGUGCGAUAACAAAAGGAAAACAUAUGGUUCCAAUUUUAAAUGCAUUAGGAGUACAUUUUGCAGUAUUUGGGAACCAUGAGUUUGAUUUUGGUAUAGACAUUUUAGAAGAGUAUAUAAGACAGAUGCAAUUUCCGUGGUUCCUCAGCAAUGUACAAGAUAAAUUUACCUCUGAACCACUGGGACAUGGAACUAUAAAAAACAUGGUUACAUGGAACAAUAUGAACAUUGGUUUGAUGGGAUUAGUGGAAGAAGACUGGCUGGAUACAUUAGCUACCAUCAAGAAAUCAAACUUACACUAUGUUGAUUAUGUUAAAGUUGCCAAUCAACUAUCUGUGGAGCUUAAAGCUGAGGGAGCAGAACUUAUCAUUGCAAUGACACACAUGAAAUGGAUUAAUGACAUGAGGCUUGCACAGAGCACUGAAGGAAUAGACAUAGUCCUAGGAGGACAUGAUCAUGAUUAUGGGAUUAAAAAGGUGAAUGGAACAUGGAUUGUGAAAAGUGGAUCUGAUUUUAGAAAUUUCACAACAAUAAAUAUAAGAAAGGUUGGUGAAGCAUUUCAGUACACAUUUCAAAAAACAGACAUUUUACAGCACUUAGAGGAAGAUCCCCGUAUAAAAUCAUUAGUAAAUGACUGUUCUCAAAACCUGCAGCACCUUUUAAAGCAAGUUCUUUGCCCAAUUGAUGUUGAUUUAGAUGGCCGUGUUGAAACUGUUAGAAGAAUGGAGAGCAACUUGGGAAAUUUGGUAGCCAAUGCCAUGUUGGAAGCUACUCAUGCUGAUGUAGCAUUGCUCAAUUCAGGAACACUUCGUUCAAAUCAAAUACACCCAGCAGGAGAUUUUACAAUGCACGACCUUUUGACUAUUCUUCCCAUCAUGGAUGCCCUUCUGGUAGUCAGAGUGACAGGUAAACAACUCCUGGAAGCUCUUGAAAAUGGAGUGUAUAGAUAUCCAGCUCUUGAUGGAAGGUUUCCUCAAGUAGCGGGAAUAGAAUUUUGGUUCGAUCCAAAUGCAGCACCAGGGCAUCGAAUUUUAAGAGACUCUGUAAAAAUUCAAGGGCAAUAUCUAAAGGAAAAUCGGAUCUAUCAGCUUGCAAUUAAGGAAUACUUGGCUAAUGGAAAGGAUGGCUACAUUAUGCUUCAAAAUUGUCCUCGGAUGUUUGAUAUUGAAACUGCACAGACACUUUCUACAGUCGUUAUUAAUCAUUUUGAGUCCAUCAAGAUUGUUCAAGGAAUCAAACCAUGCUUCUCUGGUCACCGAAUGAGUUUAAUUACCAGAUCAAAACUGAAAUCAUUAAUAGAUUGGCAGAGGCUUCUCCAAGAUUGCAGAAAGAAGUCUCUCUCAGCCCUGUCUUGGAAAUGCCAGUGGAAGAAUCCUGCAUGCAAGCAUACAGCCUUUGAAACACAAACAGAUGGAAGUGAAGCUAUAAUUGCAGUGCCUGGUGUAGAAGGAAGAAUCUAUCACAUUUCUCAAGACAUGAAGGAACACCUGCAUCAGCUCCGAAUGGCAAGGAAGGAAGGUUUACAUGCAUUCCCUCCCCUUCUUAGCAAUGACUGUGAGAAUUCUGACUCUGAUUAAUGUUAGGAAACCAUCUCAUGGUAUAGAAUCUUGGAAAAUGUUAAUUGUCUGAUAUGCAACUUGUGAUAUUGCUAUUGCCAAGAUAUGUGUUAAUUCAUUUUUAUUAUUUCCAUUUUACUUAAGUUGUUCUCUUGAUCUUAGUCUUUACUCAUUUGUGAAGAGAGCAAACCUUUCCUGCUGCAUCCGGUAUUUCUACUAAAACAAAUAAAAAGGUGCUUCUCAUUUUCAUUAUUAUAAAUACAA